UUUAGUGGCAGUCACUCGCACUAUAAAAUAAAUGAAGUCCAGAAUUCAUAACAAUUUCGGUUAUCAAUGUACCUCUUUAAACGCAGUUUUUUUCCCCUGCUACAUUGCCUCGUAUUUGUAAAAUGUAGCUAUCUUUGUUGCACGGAGUUAACGCUUGUUUUGUGUGAUUACAGUACGCCGGAGUCAGACUAGGCCCAGCCGGGUUCAGAAGAAGCGCUCACACUGAGUUGAGAGAGAGAAUAUGUAACAUACAUCAACAUGACAUCCAGAUUUGGUAAAACCUACAGCCGUAAGGGAGGGGAGGCCAACUCCAAAUUUGACGAGGUCUUCUCCAACAAGAAGGCCACACUGAGCACCAAAUGGGGAGAGACCACUUACAAGGCCCAACUGGGCUCCAAGCGGCCCCCUCUGAAGCCUGAGGUAGUCGAGUUACCCAAGAGGCCUCGGAUUGAGGAUGACGACAGCUCAGAGGAUCCUUUUGGUUUUGACAGCGACGAUGAGUCCAACCCUGUCACCUCCAACAGUGUGCCCCAGUCUGAACCAGCUGAAGGCAAGCAAACAUUGUCCAAUGAGGGUGAAGAAAAGAGUAGCCAGUCCUUGUACAGAAAUAAAUUGGAUGGUAACCAGAAGCCUAUUGCUCAGUCCUCUGUUACAAUGACUGUGCCCAUGGACCCCUAUGUGGAAUGGAGCUUAAUAGGGACCCAGAGGUCUUCUACCUCCUCUACUAGCAUGGACCCUCUCCAGGAAAAAGACUCAGCUGAGACACCAGGGUUUAGCGGAGACUCCCAGUCCUUCUCUUCCCAGGAUGGGCUCUCCUCAGGUGGGAUGAGAAGUGCUCAACAGGAGGCCCCGGCCGAGCCUGUUGUUGACAACCUCCCCCCCUCCCCGUUCCUCCUCAGGCCCUCCAACACUAGGAAAUACAUCCGUCCCAAACCCAACAAGGCCUCUGAUGUUCCAGAUGCUUCUGCUGCUAGCGACGUCAAACUGCCCAUAGCCGCCAGCGUUCUGGCUGCACUGAAGCCCAACAGUGUGUCCACUGCCAGUGGUAGCGGUGGUGUUAAAGCUAGCACAACGGCGGCCAAACCUGCUGGCAGGGGUCGGAUACGGGACUAUACGGUGCUGCAUCCAUCCUGCCUGUCGGUGUGUAACGUCACCAUCCAGGACUCCAUAGAGCGCAGCAUGGACGAGCUCAUCACCAGCACACCCCCUGCUGACCUGGGGGAGGCGGGACGGCUGAGGAAGAAGGCAGACGUACCACCAGCCAAACCCACCAGGUUCCGAACCACCCAGAGUAAGUCCAAGAAGGAGACCAAGCUGGAGUUCUUCGGCUUCGAGGACAAGGGUGACCAGGAGGGGGAGGAGGGAGCGGACCCCGCGGCCGGCGGCAGCAGCAGCUACAAGAUCAAGUACUUUGGCUUUGACGACCUCAGCGAGAGUGACAGUGACGAAGAGGAGGGCUCCCAGGCCAAAGAGAAGCGGAAGGCCAAGAAGGCUGCAGCAGCAGCCAUGGCUGCUAGUGUGGACAGCCCCCAGCCCAGCGACUCUCAGGACAGCCAGAGCAGCAGCAAUACAGAUAUUCUGGAGUUUUCUGAUGACUCUAACCUUGGUGGGUCUGAAGAGCAGAAGGGUCGCUCAGGAAAACAGGGGGAUACAUCCAAGGAAAUUUGCAGGAAGAUCUUCAGUGGGCCCAAAAAGUCCCCUGCUAAAGCUGUGUACAAUGCUCGCCACUGGAACCAGCCUGAGCCUGAGGAGAUUCCCCCGCCACUCCUAGCCCGCGCACACACUGCUCCGGCCAGCAUAUCGAGCGGAAGCAGCAAGGACACCAACUCCCACAAAGACGACGGUCUGUUCAAAGCUCCUCCCCCACCACCCAAAGUCAUCAAGUCUGUGACCAUCCCCACUCAGCCUUACCAGGACAUCGUCACAGCUCUCAAAUGCAGGAAGGAACACAAGGAGCUGUACACGGUUGUGCAUAAUGUGAAGCACUUCAACGAUGUGGUAGAGUUUGGUGAAAACCAGGAGUUCACUGAUGACUUUGAGUACCUGGAGACAGGCCUUAAGAGCAGCCAGCCGCUCAACACACGAUGCCUUAGUAUAAUCAGUUUAGCCGCAAGGUGUGCAAUGCCCAGUUUCCGGAUGCACCUACGGGCCAGAGGGAAGGUGGCUCAGGUCUUCAAGAUGUUGAAUGAUGCCCCGCAGCAUCCGAACCUGGCCCUGUGUACGGCCUCUCUGAUGUACAUCCUAAGCAGAGACAGGUUGAACAUGGACCUGGACCGGGCCAGUCUGGAGCUGAUGAUCAGACUGUUGGAGCUGGAGCACGACCACUCAGGCCACCACCAGGACCAGCUCACUGCCAAGGAGAUGACCAAGGUCAAGGAGAAGAUCCGCAAGCUGUGUGAGACGGUCCACAACAAGCACCUGGACCUGGAGAACAUCACGUCGUGUCACUUGGCCAUGGAGACCCUGUUGUCUCUGACCUCGAAGAGGGCCGGUGACUGGUUCAAAGAGGAGCUGCGCUUACUGGGAGGCCUGGACCACAUUGUAGAUAAAGUAAAAGAAUGUGUCCAGAACCUGAGCCAAGAGGAUGACAAGGAGAAGCUGGUGUCGUCGCUAUGGGGGGCAGAGAGGUGUCUAAGAGUACUGGACAGCGUGACUGUCCAAAACCCAGAGAACCAGGGCUACCUGAUCGCCUACAAGGACUCUCAGCUCAUCGUGUCCUCUGCCAGAGGUUUGCGGUACUGUGAGGACAUGAUUCAGCGCUACAGCCGGGAGGUGAACAGCUCUCUGUGUUCGUCAGGCACGGCGCUGCCCCACUGCAGCUUCAGCAACGUGGGCAAGGCUGUUGAGGACUGCAUGAGGGCCGUCAUAGGGGUGUUGCUCAACCUCACCCAUGACAAUGAGUGGGGAAGUACUAAGACUGGAGAGCAAGACCAGCUCAUCAUCACAGCUCUCAACUGUGUCCUACGGGUCCCACGCUACAUACCUCAGGAACAACGCUUUGACAUCAGAGUCCUGGGCUUGGGGCUGCUGAUUAACCUGGUGGAGUACAGUGCCAGAAACCGCCACUGUCUGGUGGACAUGGAGUUCAACACAACCAGCCCUGAAGGCAGCCAGGGAGAGGCAGGGGGAUUAGAGACCCAGACCCCUGAAGGCAGCCAGGGAGAGGCAGGGGGAGAAGAGACCCAGACCCCUGAAGGCAGCCAGGGUGGGGCAGGGGGAUUAGAGACCCAGACCCCUGAAGGCAGCCAGGGUGGGGCAGGGGGAUUAGAGACCCAGACCCCUGAAGGCAGCCAGGGUGGGGCAGGGGGAUUAGAGACCCAGACCCCUGAAGGCAGCCAGGGUGGGGCAGGGGGAUUAGAGACCCAGACCCCUGAAGGCAGCCAGGGAGAGGCAGGGGGAGAAGAGACCCAGACCCCUGAAGGCAGCCAGGGAGAGGGAGGGGGAGAAGAGACCCAGACCCCUGAAGGCAGCCAGGGUGGGGCAGGGGGAGAAGAGACCCAGACCCCUGAAGGCAGCCAGGGAGAGGCAGGCGGAUUAGAGACCCAGACCCCUGAAGGCAGCCAAGGAGAGGCAGGGGGAUUAGAGACCCAGACCCCUGAAGGCAGCCAGGGAGAGGGAGGGGGAGAAGAGACCCAGACCCCUGAAGGCAGCCAGGGAGAGGCAGGCGGAUUAGAGACCCAGACCCCUGAAGGCAGCCAGGGUGGGGCAGGGGGAGAAGAGACCCAGACCCCUAAACAAGUCCUAGCCUCCACAGUUCCAGCUAUAGCAGCCCCUACAGAGGGUAUGGCUGAGGAGAAGACCAAGGGCUCCUCUUCAAGUGCCCUGGCUGCUCUGGUGCAGUUCUUCCUGGAGCGGGAGCGAGCAGCCAUAUUGGCCGAGGCGCAGACUGAUGACCUCAUCAGCGAGGCGCCCAAGCCCCAGGACCAGAGCGGGGAGUGGCAGGAGACGUCGGGCGAGAUCCAGUGGGUUGCUGCGGAAACCAACAACGACGAGAAUGACAAGGAAAAGGACACAAAGAAAGAGGAGGAAGAUGAGGAGCUAGAUCUCAACAAAGCUCUGCAGCAUGCUGGGAAGCACAUGGAGGACAGCAUCGUGGCUUCCUACACAGCUCUGCUCCUGGGUUGUCUGUGUCAGGGCAGUCAGGUUAAUGUGACUACUGUGCGGGAAAACCUUCCCAAGGGAGAUUUCUCCAUCAUGACGGAAAUGCUUAAGAAGUUCCUGAAUUUCAUGAACCUUACUUGUGCAUUUGGCACCACAGGACAUAAGUCCAUCUCUCGUGUCAUAGACUACCUGGACCACUGUUAGUGAACCCCUCUUUGCACUCUGACUGCACAUAAGGGGACAUCUUUCCAGAUAUGGCAACCCCAUGAGGGUCCUUCCAGAUCUGGCAUCCCCAGCAGGACGGGCUGUACAGAAAAUCCACCAGAGAUAAUCGGUGUUCCAACAGUGUCGACCAGCAUUGCUUAAACAUGCAUCCUCAUUCUGAAGAACAAGACACACACACACACACACAUACAAUGGCCUGUGAUGGUUGUAGAAAAGGGAAGGUCAAUGUUGAAAGCCCUCUCUAAAUUUUAGCUCUGAUGUCCAUUAUUUGCAUAAGCUCGUGAUCAAGUUGAGAUCUUCUGGAUUUUUUCUUCAGUGCAUCAUGCUUGUUUAAGUUCUUCUCACAAGGUCAUGUAAUGUAACAUAAUUCUAAAAUAAGAAAUCAGUAGGUCUGGAUGACUGUUCAUUUAUUUAAAGUUUUGUUUUUAAAUAAUGGCACUUUAAUGCUUUUUUGAAUUGUUUUACCCAUUGCCCUUUCCAAUUUGACUUCACAGUAAAGAAAGAGUUUUGUGUUUUGUUUUAAAUUUGCAAUUCGGUCGUUUUUAAUGAUUGUGGGUAUGUAUUUAUUUUAACAUUUUAUCCAGAUCUGAUGCUGUGUGAGAUGCUUCAAGUCUCUACAUUUCUUUACCUUUUAGAUGUUCCACUUAACACAUCACUUAAUAACUGCUGUAUGUACGGUUUUCAUUAGACUCACAGAAACCCUGGUAAACCGGACUGACAUUAAUAAUAACCAAACCUCAGCCAACUGGCAUAAUCCUCAUUGAAAGUUAUUGUUCCUUGCCUAUAACAUUGUUCUGUGGGCAUCAGUGGUGGCUAGUGCCACUUUAAAUGAGGACGUGCUCAUAGUAAUGGCUGGAACGGCAACAUGUUUGAUUCCAUUCACUUCAUCCAUUACUAUGAGCCGUUCUCCCCUCACCAGCCUCCUCUGGUGGGCAUUGUAUCUUACCACUUCAAGUAGCGCUGAUCCAGAACCAACCCCAAGCCUAGGGUUCACCACCUGGUCCUGGACAGCUGCAGGGUGUGCAGGUUCCAUCCAUGCACACCUAGUACCCUGCGUUGGUGACUCCUGUCCUAACCCCAACCCCCUAGGCACACCAGGUCUGUGGGCACUGGAUAGUAAAAUGGUGACAUUUCUACCUAGCCUAUCAGAGGAAAAAGUGAAGUUACUACCAUAUUGCUUAUACCUAUAGUUUCCUCUGGACAGGGCUAUAGCGUUUCUUUACUGCCCCUUGUCUUAAGUCGUCAUGUUGGACACGACUUUCCUAUUCUGAGCGGUGAACCAGAACCCCUAAACAUCCUUUCAGCUACACUAUAACUAGUCCUUUGCUCCAAUAAGAUACUUAUUGAAUGACAGCCAUACAGAUAGCCAUUUCUUUUAAUUUCCCUCUGAUUUGUAGAGCUGCAAUUGAACAGGCAUGUUUCCUGCAUGUUGAGUUGCAAAUCUAGGAUUUAUUCAUUAUGACGAUUCUGUUGCAAAACGUUUUUGCAACAGAAACCGUUUACUCCAAAAGGAAAAUGAUUUGCAAAGAAAACAAGGGUUUCUAUUGGUCAAAUUCAGGUAGGUCCAUUUCGUUCCGUUUUUCUGUUUGCUUCCGUUUGGUUGUUAAAUGGUUUCUGUAAUUACUACAACCCUGGUCAUUAAAGGAAUUUCAGAAUGUAAAUAACACCUGUAAAUAGUGGUUAAUGGAUGUUAGAAUGCUAGACUACUUUUCUGAAGCUGAUAUUUUUAUUUUAUACAAUAUUUCUGAGUUGUCAUUUGAAGUAAAAACAAAGAAAAAUAUUUAAAAAGCCAGCGGCGGGACAAAGUUUGUACCGGUUUCGAAGACAUUGUCUUUGAUUACAUGUAAAUAAUUGUAACUCAAAUAAAAAGUUGCUACUUUCUGUA